AUGGAGGAGGAGGAGGAGGAGGAGGAGAAUUUGGAAGAGGCUCUUUUUUAUUCAAACCGCAAUGAAAGUGACAUAGCAAUUAAAUGCGAGAAGGCUGGAAGGUCAGAGAGAGAGGAGAAAUUCUUGCUUCUAAAAUUGUACCAUUUGCAUUAUAAACGAAGAUUUGGAAUCCUUAAAGAAGCUGCAGGAGCAAGAUUCCUACAAAUCUUCCACUGA